GGUUUUGAGUUUAAACUAAACAGUGACAUAUACACGUUUUCCAAAGUGGACCAACGUGAUUAUUUCACGUCUUGUCGUUCACUUGUACUACAGGUGCAGCAAUGAGAAAAGUUUACUACAAACAACUGUUACACAUAUAGUACACUUAAACGUAUACUUUUAUAUACUAAAGAGUGGGACCCAAGCAGUAUUGAAAUAGUACACUAUCAAGUUUACUACUAGUAAAUUGAUAUUAUUAGUAUACUUACUAGAAAAUUUACUUAAAAUUUACUUGAACUUUAAGUAUACUUUAUAAAAUUAGUUUAAAAUAUGCUUUUUUUAAGUAUGCUUAUAAAAAUUAAAUAUAAUUAGACAAAAAUAGACAAAGUAUACUUUCUUAUUUUUAGUAUAAUAACACACUUGAAUAAACUUCUUUUGGGUAAUUCAGAACAAAGAAAACUUUGCCGUUGUUUUCAAAAGUUCCUUUGAUUAAGCAAAAUGCACAUGAGAAAAAUAUUUCUAGUGGUUUGAUAUUAUUGUAUCAGACUGCUGGACACUUAUAUAAUUAGACUUAAUACGAAUCGUGAAUGUCUAUCCACUAAUGUGUUUAUGACACUUAAUAAGGAUUAGAAGCCAAUCGCUGGGUCAGCUUUGAGGCAUCAACAUGUAUGCAGUAAAGCCAUUCUCUCUAACAUGUUUGUCAUAACAUCCCCAUGUACGCCUCUCACAUUUAACUGUUUCUUUGGAUGGAGCCACAUGGGUAAGUCAGGUUUUCUUUUUUGAGUGUCAAAAUUAUAAAAUAAUAUAUAUAAAAAAAAAAGCUCAGCGCUGGAGAUAAUUCAUCGGGCUUAAAAUGUGGGUCAGCUAACAUGGCGGCCGUGCAGUGAUUAUACUGUAUUAGCUUGAAUGCUCUUCUCUUAUUUUAAUUAAUUUCUUGUCUUGUUAGUACAGUAUAUAGUAUGAGGAAACUGACAUUAUUAUUCCUGUCUAUACUAUUCCUCAGCUGAUUUUCCAAAGCACAGGAAAUCCACAUAAUGACCUGCUACAUUUUAAGCCAUUAGUGCAUAGAAGCAGUCAUUUGCUGUUAGUUUCCCUCCUUUCCUCUCCUGUCCUCCAUGAUUUCACAAGUUCCAGUGCCCAGACCAUCAUAUUCUCAGGCCAGGGAGAGUCUGGUGAAGGCUGUUCCUCCUAAGAUCAUCUGUCUUCUGGCCUGUGGAGGGAGAGACUGCCGCUAUGAGGGUCCGGCGUGUUGGAGCGCGAGCCAGCAGGCCGUUCAGGGAGUCUUUAGCAGCUGGGUGACGGAUGACAUUAUUGCAAUGGCACGACCUUCUACAUAUCUCAUCAAGAGAUACAGCAUCAUAGAACAGUUCAAACAGUUGAACAUUAAAUCCAUCAUUAAUAUGCAGCUCCCAGGGGAACAUGCUCACUGCGGCCCUCCUCUGGAGCCUGACAGUGGGUUCACAUAUUCACCUCAGGUCUUUAUGGACAGCCAAAUUUUUUUCUAUAAUUUUGGGAUGUCUGAUUUUGGAGUGUCUUCUCUGGAGGGAAUGGUGGAUGCCGUGAAGGUUUUGGCUUUCUCUGUACAGGAAGGGAAGGUGGCUGUUCACUGUCAUGCCGGAUUAGGCAGGACAGGUGUUCUUAUCGCAUGUUAUCUAGUCUACACCUGUCGAAUCAGUGCUAGUGAAGCUGUCCACUACGUCCGGAUCAAAAGGCCUCGAUCAAUCCAGACUCGAUCACAAAUCAAUCUGGUGUUUGAUUUCGCCCGGCUGGUGAGCUCUCAGCUGGCCCAAUUCCCGUGUCUGAACAUGCGCCACGGUUCCUCCUUCAGUCUUCGGCAGUACCUCCUGCGUCAGGCCCUUCUGCUGCACGGGGAAGAGGCCCAAACACUCAAACACACACCCAAGAUCCUGCACAUCCUCUGCAGCAUGCUGAUCACUAUAUCCCAGGGAGCUUCCAGUCCUCCAAAGGUCCAGAGAGAACUGGAGAAGAGGGUGAACAUUUUGGCUCUAAAGAAGGCAGUUAAGGAGACACUUUUGAAGAGGAACUUUAAUGCUCUGAAGGAAAGGCAAGGCUCGAGCACAAUGUUCUCUUGCACGUCCUGGGACGAGCCAUUCGGGUUCUUGGAGAGGAAGAGAGACGUCCUACUGAACAAGCGAAGCUACAGCGAAUCAGAUCUCAGCAAGAUUACCAUCAUUGAGGAUUUCAUGUUCUCACAUUACUCUACUCAAACUGGUGGACACCAGAAAAUGAGCAAUGGAGAAAUUGGCCCAUCAAAAGAUCAGAGAAUCCUAACAGAAUCGCAAAAGAUUCCUUAUAUACAGAUGACAGACCAAAGCAAUGGAACAUCAGCUCCUCACUCAUAUAAUAAGACUGUGAACAAGAAGACAAAAUGUAAAACCAAGAAGCCUCAAGUUUUCCUAAAGUUCAGCUCAAACCUCGAGUUACAACGAGAGGAUCAUACAUUAGAUCAGUCGUCAUUAUCGAUUCCUGUCGCUAAGGCAAUGGCACAACUGCGUCCUCCAGUGGACACUGUAUUGAAAAGAGCAGCUGGCUUGCAGGAUGAGCUCAACUUGAGUGAAUGCGGCUGGGUUACAUUAGUCAUAGAAACAGAUCCAGAUGUUCUGAGCACACUGUUAUGGACCUGGCUGGACAGACUAAAGGAGCCUGUUCUCAAUAAAGAUGACAUAGAGAGGCUGACCUCAACCUGGCCAGCACAAAACUCCCUUAUCACACUUCACAAGUCUCAGCAGCACACCAUCUGCUGUUUGCUGGACUGUGUGGGUCGUGUGGUGGUUCAAUGUCCUCAGUUUGAACAUGCUAUACUACAGAGACUCAUUCGAGCAUUAACAAGACGCCCUCCUGAGGAAAUAGAGAGAAACAACAUCUUGUUGCUCGUCCUCAGAGCUUCAAUGAGAGAGCUGUGCCUACACAACCACCAUCCAAAUACUCCAACACCAUCAGGGUUAAACUAAAAAAAAGAAGAUAUCCAUAAAGAAAUGUUGUUUCAUUAACUGUAUGACUGAUCAAGUUAUUUGAUAUUUAUCUCAAUGUGAUGUAUUUGAUAUGUAUCUCAAUGUGAUUUGAUAUGUAUCUCGAAGUUGUCCCUA